AUGGCAAAAAGAAAUGACAAAAAAGAAAUCGACAGCUCAGAGAUUCGAACUCUGGUCCCCGAAGGGACUCGCUUAGCAGGCGAGCGCCUUAACCACUCGGCCAAACUGCCGCUUGAUGAAAGAUUGCCACUCGAUAAGAACUACAUUGUAUUUACAGAAACCAGCUCGUUAAUUUUGAAGCAGGUUGAAACACGUACUCGGCUCGAUUGGAGUCGGGGCGCGCGUAAAGUCGGGUAUUAG